CCUUACUGAGAUUUGUUUUUAGCAUAGCAGAGAUAAAUGGUGGUCGAAGAAAAUUGAGUUAUCAUUUUCUGCGAUAAAUCUUUCCUCUUUAAACAUUCAUACAAGGGUUCCGUUUCUUACCACCCUCAUUGCUCUGGGUGUCAUGCCAGUGCAUCGUGACCGAGAGAAAAAGGAGAGUACAGCUGAAGAGAUGGAGGUGGAGGAGCAUGAGCACGAAGCAUCCAGCACAGAAGAGGAGGAUUCUGAAACCUCCUCUGUUUCUGAGGAUGGAGACAGUUCUGAAAUGGAUGAAGAAGACUGUGAGCGGAGGAGAAUAGAGUGUCUGGAUGAAAUGUCUAACCUGGAGAAACAGUUCAAUGAUCUCAAAGACCAGUUGUAUCGAGAGCGGCUCAGUCAGGUGAACACCAAGCUGGCAGAGGUGGAGGCUGGCCGAGCUGCCGAAUAUCUUGAGCCUCUAGCGGUGCUGCUGGAGAACAUGCAGGUCCGCACCAAGGUGGCAGGUAUCUACAGAGAACUGUGUCUGGAGUCUGUUAAGAACAAGUAUGAUUGUGAAAUCCAGGCUGCAUGCCAACACUGGGAGAGUGAGAAACUGCUGCUCUUUGACACCGUGCAGAGCGAACUGGAGGAGAAGAUUAGAAGACUGGAGGAAGACAGACACAGCAUCGAUAUCACGUCAGAGCUGUGGAAUGAUGAGAUAACGGGAAGAAAGAAAAGGCGCGAUGCUUUAAGUCCAGAUAAGAAGAGGAGACGACCUUCUGUGGUGUCUGGUCCAUAUAUUGUCUAUAUGCUACCAGAUCUGGAUAUCCUGGAGGACUGGACAGCCAUCAGAAAGGCUGUGGCCACACUGGGUCCACACAGAGGGAGAGCCGACUCUGACAGCUGCUUGUUUUCGUUCAGGCCCUCCGACAGAAACAGGCCAAUUCUCAACUGUUGAGACACACAUGAUUAAAAACCCACGAGGACCUGAAACGCACACACUUUUUCUGCAUGUGACCCACACAUCUGAACGUUUCUCUUCAGUUCUUGUACACACCUCUCUAUCUGACCGUGAUCAGAACUCUGCCUUACUUUGACACCAGCUGGUGAACUGGUAGUCACGCACAACAAGGACUCUUGGAGCAUUUUUAAUCCCUUCAGGCUGAUGUCGCUGCUUCAGGUUAGACUCAGGCUUUACAUCUCCAACUUUCAGUACCUUUCCUGUUACCGGUGUAUAACAUUCAUGCUAAACUUUUGAUUAAAAUUUUUUUGUUUGUUUGUUUGUUUUUGAAAAGUUAACAGUCAGAGCAGUUAAAGGUAAACCCCUUCCAGUACAUAAGGAUGCACAAGUUUUAACAUUUAUCUUUUCAUAAACUGUUAACUUUUCAAACAAUAUAGGACAAAAAUUUCCAGCUACUCCAUUUGACUCAAACAUCCUUAAAAAAAAUAAAAAAACAGCAACUUGAUUUUAUUCUUUUCAUGCAAAUAGUUUUGGACAUUUGUUUACCUCUCAACUACUCAUCCACUUUGUUCAUCAAUAGCCAACACAGAUGAGUGUUGGUCUUUUCACAUUAAGACACUCUUAAUCUAAACUAAAAACAGUUUGGUUUACUCAAAGAUAGGAAUCCAUAAGCUAUUUUGAUAAACAGAUGUUCUAUCAGCACUUCAUGGUUUUAAGUAUUCACCCAUAUUUAGUUAUGAAAAAUUAUAUGUUGCUGCCUUUGUCUGUUUUCAUGAUUUGCUUAUUGAAAAGUGUUCUUAAUGUUUUGUUCAACUCUUCUUGAGUUUUUCUGAGAAUUUACAGUUGAGAAAAAAAAUUGUUCGAACCAAGAAGUUGCUGUUUUUUGCACCAAGCAAUACAUCAAUAAGGCGAGUCAGUUUUUAUUAACAUUUUUUAUCUUCAGGCUUGAGACAUUUUAAAAAGCUCUGGUGUGACCGUUAAGCUGGUCUGUUGUGCCAUUGGAUCAUUUUUUAAAAUUCCUUUUAUCUGUUUUGUUUGAGAAAAAUAAUUUGAUUGUUAUGAUGAAUUGAAAUGUCAGGUGGUUUAUAGAUUUAACUUUAAUGAGCUUCCAGUAGACAAGAAUAUGCACAAGUAUUUGUGCACUUCGGACAAAAAUAAUUGUACUUUCAAUUCUUUACCACUUUGUUGAUGACAGUAAACGGUAGAAAGAGCCUUGAAAUUUUUACCAUUCCAAGAACAACUGGUUUUGUUGGUUUACCGUUUCAUUCCUGGUUCAUAUGUUCAGAUUCAUGAAUUUUGUUAAAAUCAGUAAUAGUAUGGCUCGUAGUGUUUUCAGUAUAAAUUUGUUUUUUGAUGAAUCACGUCAUAAAUGUUAUUUUUGGCAGUUUAAUGUUUUGAUAA